AUGAUCAAAUCAAAUCCUGAUAAUCCUGAUGAUCCUGCUAAUUUAUUACCGAUAUCCCAGUUAGAACGUAAAGAUAGGGUUGUUCGAGGCCCAUUUCAACCCAAACUUAAAUUGUAUCCACGAACAAAGUUUGGAGACAGAUUUCGGUGCUUUAAUAAAUCUUGGUAUGAAUUAUUCAAUUGGCUUGAGUACAGUGUGAAAUUAGACAGAGCUUUUUGUUUUCCCUGUCGGAUGUUCACUAAUUCUUCAGGAAUAAAUGCUGGCCAUACAGAGUCUACGUAUUCAAAAGUUGGAUUUAAUAAUUGGAAAUUAGCUACAACUAAAUUUAAAGCACACCAAACUUCAAACACUCAUUUAAAUAGUAUAACUUCAUUAACAAACUUUUUGCAUUUAAAGCCAAUAGAUACAGUUUUAGAUGAAGAGAGAGAACAUAUACACAGUCAAAAAGAACAGCAAAGAUUAAAAAAUAGACAAAUCAUGCAACGCUUAAUUGAUAUAACUCUGUGUAUAGGUAUUGGUGGACGUUCAUUCCGAGGAAAAAAUGAAAAGGAAACUAGUUACAAUAAAGGUCUGUUCAAAGAUAUUGUUACACUUUUGGCCAAAUAUGAUCCUCUUCUUAAAUCUCACUUAGAAUUAGGUCCUAAAAACGCGACUUACUGUAGUAAUAUAAUUCAAAAUGAUCUAAUUAUAUCAAUAAGUCAAGUACUAAAAAAUCAGUUAAAACAUAAAAUUGAAAAUAAAAAAAUAUCAAUUAUUGCUGACGAGACAAGCGAUUUAGGACACCACGAACAGCUAUCAAUAGUUUUAAGUAACUGUAAUAAGAUGUAUAGAGAAGGUUGA